AGUAAGCUAAGUGCUAUAAAGCCAUAAGCGGAUAGACCUCUAGCCUACCUAUCUGGCAUAGACCCAUCUAGCCUAAGGAUUAGCUCUCUCUAGGCGAGAGCUAACCUCUUGCGGGUACCACGUUAGUUCUGAUAGGCAAAGACUAAGUGGAGGCGAAACCUGUCUAGCCAUCUGGCAGGAACAGGAAAACCUUCAGAAACAAAACUUCCCUCUUCCGCAACCGAAUUCCUAUUUCAAAAGUAACAGAGGCACUAUUUUCAGCUUCAUCGGGACGGGUCCUACCUGCUCCAUAAGGAGUGUGCCUCGAAUUCUAUCUUCCGUCAGCGUCACCAUUCUAUUUCUUUGCCCUUAAGUUAAAGUAAAAAGUAGUUAAAAGUUUUAUAAGGCCAUAGGCGGUCCCACUAGCCGGACUGCUUUGACUCCAAGAAAGAUGGCUUACGUUGGGUAGAUAUGCAUCUGAGUGCAAAUGGUGUAAGGCCUAGCCAAAUUCCACACACUUGAAUUUUCUGGCGAAACUUAUCUAGCCUAAGAAUCAGCUCCCUAAGCUAGAGCCAUCCUCUGCCAGAUGCCCUUAUAUUCCAAACUGAGAUGCAAUUGCGCUUAAUGCUUCUUUAUUUUAAUAUGGGUUGCUGUGGAUCCAACAGUGCCUCCUUAUCCACCGAUAUUAAUGAAAGAGAAAUAGAAGAAGUAGUAAAAACCCUUGGGCUUUACAAAAUCGCUUCCUCAAACUUGAUUGAUAAGCUCACAACCAUUCAAAAAGAUGCCAAAAAUCUCCAGCCCUUAUUAUCAGAAGUUCUUGAUCAUUUUAAGCUGCCAAAUAAGCUCUCUUACACCAAUUCUUCUGAGACUGUCUUUUAUAAGAGUCUUUUAUCGAGUUUUCCAAAAUUAAAAAUUGCAUUUGCUUUGCUCGGAAAGGAUCCUACAAAAAAUGACAAGGCAAAGCUUAUCUUUGGCAUCCUCAAAAAUUCUUCAGGCACUUUAACACGAGAAGAGCUUGUUUUUCUCUACAAAAGUGUCGGUGAAAUAGCAGCUGAAGAAAUGAUUUUGGCUAAAUUUGGAAAAGAGGAUGCGAAAAGCGUCAAAAUUGCAGCCAUGAAACUUUCAUAUGCAGCAGAAGCACUUUCUGAAAUCAAUGCAGACGGAAUUCUUGGCACCGCUACAAGCAUAGACAGCAAAUCAUUUAUUGAAGAAGUUUCAAAAAGACACACAGAAUUGGUGAGUACAUCUGAUAUGAGGAAAAAAUUAAUUCCGGCUAGUAAGGAAAUAGGACUGCCAGAAAAUAAAAAAGAAAGCACAAUAGGUACUCAAAUUCAAAUUGGAAACCUAAGCACUGCAGAUAAUUCGAAAAUUGAUCAAAUAAAUAAAGCAAAUCAAGAAUCGAUAAAUAGCGGAAAGCUAGGUCCUAAAGAAGAGAAGCCAAUUAUCAAUUUAGUGAGCAAUAGCCAGCAAGCUAAACAGACCCAAAUAAGCAAAGAAGUCUCAACGAACUCGGUUGCUGAAAUAUCUAAUAAUCCAAAUGAAGCAAACCCACUUCCUACAAAUACUCAUAUUCAAAGCCAAAAACCUCAAGAAGAAUCUAAAAAUGCAACCGAGUUGGCCACUGAAGUUUCCCAAGCAACGGAAGCAGAAUAUAAAUGCUCUUUAGGCCACAUUUUAAAACCAGAAAAAUCUGAAUCGCCUCAUCUCUGCGAAGUGUGUAGCUACGAAUUUAGUCUACCACACUAUAGAUGUGAUGUCUGCAAUACCUUUAUUUGCCAGUCUUGUGCAGACUUUUUAAUUAUUCCAGAAGAUUCAGUUCCUUUGGCUUGCAAGGAAAGCCACGCUCUGAAAAAAGUGAAUGCAUAUGAUUUUUAUAAUUCUGUAAGUGCAGAUGAGCCUAUAAAUAUUCUUUGCAUUGUAUGUGAAGGAUGGAUUGAUGCAGAAAACGGUGCAUGCUACCAUUGCAGAAGAUGUGGAAUGGAGGUUUGCAAUAGCUGCUAUAGCAAUUUCGAAGACGAAAACUCUCCUUCAAAAACUUGCAAUUCAUGCUCGAAACGCAGAAUAUGGACUCCAGUUUUUCAAGGGAAAAAAUUCCAAUGUGACAGCUGCAAUUUGAAGCGAAAAUAUAUGGGGUAUUUUUACUGUGAUGGCUGCAAUUCGAAAAUCUGCUUGAAAUCCCACUAA